GUCUGCAGCGCAGCCUGUCUCCAGCGACUCCGCAUUGCUGCUUCCCAGAGUCAAACACCUGAGGCCUGACUCGGACGGCUGGGGGGCAAAUGUCCAUUUCUGGGCAAUUAAAAGCCCACAAGGAGGCGAUUGUGUUUCUGGGCGACGGCGGGGGCCGGUGUCCGCAGACAGGACAACGGCAAAAAUGCCUCUUUAUUCCCACUGCCGGAAGAGAGCAGCGCGGAGUUUGGGAGGGAAACACAGGGAGCGGCUGCUCCCGGUCCGGACACGGUUCAUGUUGACACUUUGCUGGGAUUGUUGGAUGUGACGGACAAGUGAAGUUACUGCAUUGGGACAGUGGGGAGACGCAGCAGUGUGACUAUCUUGAAUACUGGGGGAAAGGAACGUCGCUGACGGUGACUUCAGUGGCCAAGUCCUGGCCGUCAGUCUACAUCACCCGUUCCUGCAACACUGAAUCUGACCAAGAGAUCAGCCUCCUCUGUCUGGUCAAGGACUAUAUGCCUGAGAGCAUCAGUCAGACAUGGUCCUCCAAGAGUGGGGACAUCACCACUGGAAUCAAGAAGUACCCGGCAGUCUUGGGGCAAAGUUCAACGUACACAAUGAGCAGCUUGCUCCGAGUCCCUGCAGCGGAUUGGAACAAGAAUAAAGUCUACUCCUGCAAGGCAGGGUACGAGCCAAGCAAGAUGGUGACAGUGGAGUUCCAGAAACCUCCUCAAUCUCGACCUCCCAAGCUCAUCCCCCUUGUUCCAUCCCCGGAGGUUAUCCACAAUCAAAUAACUGCUGUCCUGGGCUGUGCGAUAUCUGGAUUCUAUCCUGACAACAUUUGGGUUUCCUGGAAAAAAGCUGGAUCUGCUCAAGUGGGCAUCGUUCUCCCUUCCACUUCAACAACUGACAGUGGAUUUGAAACAGUCACUUACCUGAGAGUCCCUGUGCAGGAAUGGAUCAGCAAACAGGAAUAUACUUGUGAAGUGACCCACACACCUUCUGGUUUCAGGGAGAAGGUCAACAUGAGGUACCCAGAGGAAUUGUCUGUUUUUAUUCAAAAUCCUGGCAUUGAAGAGAUCUGGAUCAACAAGACCGCUGUCCUGAAGUGCACGAUUAUCUGUACUGAUCCGAGCAAGGUCCACAUCUCUUGGGAGGUGAGCGGGAAGGACAGAACUAAAGAAGCUGUGACCCGACCACCGGAGAGGGAAGGGAUCCGAAACACAGUGAUUAGUGAACUCCAGACCAGUGUCGAGGAGUGGUUCAGUGGGGUGGAGUACGUGUGCUCUGCCCAACAACCUUCUUCACCCUCAUCAGUGUCAGCGCAGACAAAAAGUACCAAAGUGGAGACAAAAAGACCCAAGGUCAGACUGCUGCCUCCACCACACGAAGGGACCAAGAGUAGGAACACGGCCACCUUCGAGUGUGUGGUCUCUGGAUUCUACCCAGACCUCAUCAGUGUCAGCUGGGAGAAAGGCAGCUCCGUGAUCACCUCCAACACCAGCGCUACACCUACUGCUCUGGAGCAGGGGGGCACUUUCAGCGUCAGCUACUUCCUGACCGUGAGCUUACAGGAGUGGAAGUCAGACUCAGUCUUCAGCUGCACAGUGACACAUCCCCCCUCCGGCACCCGUAUCAAGAAGCAAGUGAAGAACAUCCAAGAAUUGUCUGUCUUUAUCCAAAAUCCCUGCACUGAAGAAAUUUGGAUCAACAAGACCGCUACUCUGGUGUGCAUGGUUGUGGGUGCUGAUCUGAGCCAGGUCCAAAUCUACUGGCAGGUGAGCGAGAGGGAGAAAAUUAAAGGAAAUGUGACUAAAAAGCUGAAAGAGGAAGGGACCCAAGGCACAGUGAUCAGCCAACUCCAGACCAGCGUGGAGGAGUGGUCCAGUGGGAUGGAGUAUACGUGCUCCGCCCAACAAACUUCUUCAUCCUCAGCAGUGUCAGCAUGGACAAAAAGUAUCAAAGUGGAGACAAUAAGUCCCAAGGUCAGACUGCUGCCUCCACCACACGAAGGGAGCAAGAGUAGGAACACGGCCACCCUCGAGUGUGUGGUCUCUGGAUUCUACCCAGACCUCAUAAACGUCACCUGGGAGAAAGAUGGCUCCCUGAUCUCCUCCAACACCAGUGCUACACCGACUGCUCUGGAGCAGGCAGGGACUUUCAGUGCCAGCCACUUCCUAACUGUGAGUACAGAGGAGUGGAAGAAAGGCUCAGUCUUCAGCUGUACAGUGUCUCAUCCCCCCUCCAACACCAGUGUCAGCCAGGAGGUGAAAAGCAUUCAAGAAUUGUCUGUCUUUAUCCAAAAUCCCUGCACUGAAGAGAUUUGGAUCAACAAGACCGCUACUCUGGUGUGCAUGGUUGUGGGUGCUGAUCUGAGCCAGGUCCAAAUCUACUGGCAGGUGAGCAAGAGGGAGAAAAUUAAAGGAAAUGUGACUAAAAAACAGAGAGAGGAAGGGACCCAAGACACAGUGAUCAGCCAACUCCAGACCAGUGUGGAGGAGUGGUCCAGUGGGAUGGAGUACACGUGCUCCGCCCAACAAACUUCUUCAUCCUCAGCAGUGUCAGCACGGACAAAAAGUACCAAAGUGGAGACAAAAAGUCCCAAGGUCAGACUGCUGCCUCCACCACACGAAGGGACCAAGAGCAGGAACACGGCCACCCUCGUGUGUGUGGUCUCUGGAUUCUACCCGGACCUCAUAAACGUCACCUGGGAGAAAGACGGCUCCGUGAUCACCUCCAACACCAGUGCUAUACCGACUGCUCUGGAGCAGGCAGGGACUUUCAGUGCCAGCCACUUCCUAACUGUGAGUACAGAGGAGUGGAAGAAAGGCUCAGUCUUCAGCUGUACAGUGUCUCAUCCCCCCUCCAACACCAGUGUCAGCCAGGAGGUGAAAAGCAUUCAAGAAUUGUCUGUCUUUAUCCAAAAUCCCUCCAGUGAAGAGAUUUGGAUCAACAAGACCGCUACUCUGGUGUGCAUGGUUGUGGCUGCUGAUCUGAGCCAGGUCCAAAUCUACUGGCAGGUGAACGAGAGGCAGAAAAUUAAAGGAAAUGUGACCAAAAAACUGAGAGAGGAAGGGACCCAAGACACAGUGAUCAGCCAACUCCAGACCAGUGUGGAGGAGUGGUCCAGUGGGAUGGAGUACAUGUGCUCUGCCCAACAAUCUGCUUCAUCCUCAGCAGUGUCAGCACGGAUAAAAAGUAUCAAAGUGGAGACAAAAAGACCCAAGGUCAGACUGCUGCCUCCACCACACGAAGGGACCAAGAGUAGGAACACGGCCACCCUCGAGUGUGUGGUCUCUGGAUUCUACCCGGACCUCAUAAGUGUCAGCUGGGAGGAAGGCAGCUCCGUGAUCACCUCCAACACCAGCGCUACACCUACUGCUCUGGAGCAGGGGGGCACUUUUAGCGUCAGCUACUUCCUGACCGUGAGCUUACAGGAGUGGAAGUCAGACUCAGUCUUCAGCUGCACAGUGACACAUCCCCCUUCCGGCACCCGUAUCAAGAAGCAAGUGAAGAACAUCCAAGAUGAAUGUUCAGAUACCCGCCCCUCAGUCACUUUAAGCAAACCUUCCUUCGAAGAGAUCUGGACGAACAGGACGGCGACCAUUCUGUGUAAGGUGGUUCACAGUGAUUUACAGGGAUUCAGGGUAACCUGGCAGGUGGACGGAAGGAGCAGAAAAGAUGGGGUGAGGACUCAGGGUCCACACAGCCACAGAGGUGAAGACACGAUCACCAGCAGACUGACAGUCCCUGCUGCAGAGUGGGACAGUGGGGCUGAGUACUUGUGUCGGGUGGAGGACAAGAGUUUGCCAACGCCGAAGAAGAGAUCCAUCAAGAAGGACACAGGUGGUGUUGUGACUCGUCCUCAAGUCUACCUCCUCCCCCCUUCAUUGGAUGAGGUAGAGGCAGAUCAGACGGUGACCUUGAUGUGCCUGGUCACCAAGUUCUCUCCUGCAGAGAUCUACGUGGCCUGGAUGGCCAAUGACACCCUUCUGAAGACAGGGUUCGUGAACCAGCCGGUGACCAAGGACACCAGAAACGGCUGGAAUACAAUGACCAGUCAGUUGAAGGUUUCUCCAGAGGACUGGAAUAGCGGCACCACUUUCUCCUGUCUGGUGGGACAUGAGUCGAUCACAACCAGUCUGUUCCGAAGCAUCAAUAAAUCUCACAGCAAACCCACCCUGGUCAAUCUCUCACUUGUUCUGACUGAUAGUUUUAAAUCUUGUCAACCCCCACUUAGCAAAUUGGAAAUGGCCACAUCUUGUGUGUUCAGCUGGUUUGGGAAUUGGCAGAAUGACAGGAGACAGACAGAAGAGACGACGGAAUUGUCUGUCUUUAUCCAAAAUCCCUGCACUGAAGAAAUUUGGAUCAACAAGACGGCUACUCUGGUGUGCAUGGUUGUGGGUGCUGAUCUGAGCCAGGUCCAAAUCUACUGGCAGGUGAGCGAGAGGGAGAAAAUUAAAGGAAAUGUGACUAAAAAACUGGAAGAGGAAGGGACCCGAGACACAGUGGUCAGCCAACUCCAGACCAGUGUGGAGGAGUGGUCCAGUGGGAUGGAGUACACGUGCUCUGCCCAACAAACUUCUUCAUCCUCAGCAGUGUCAGCGCGGACAAAAAGUACCAAAGUGGAGACAAUAAGUCCCAAGGUCAGACUGCUGCCUCCACCACACGAAGGGACCAAGAGUAGGAACACGGCCACCCUCGAGUGUGUGGUCUCUGGAUUCUACCCGGACCUCAUAAACGUCACCUGGGAGAAAGACGGCUCCCUGAUAUCCUCCAACACCAGUGCUACACCGACUGCUCUGGAGCAGGCAGGGACUUUCAGUGCCAGCCACUUCCUAACUGUGAGUACAGAGGAGUGGAAGAAAGGCUCAGUCUUCAGCUGUACAGUGUCUCAUCCCCCCUCCAACACCAGUGUCAGCCGGGAGGUGAAAAGCAUUCAAGAAUUGUCUGUCUUUAUCCAAAAUCCCUCCACUGAAGAGAUUUGGAUCAACAAGACCGCUGCUCUGGUGUGCAUGGUUGUGGGUGCUGAUCCGAGCCAGGUCCAAAUCUACUGGCAGGUGAGCGAGAGGGAGAAAAUUAAAGGAAAUGUGACCAAAAAACUGAGAGAGGAAGGGACCCGAGACACAGUGAUCAGCCAACUCCAGACCAGUGUGGAGGAGUGGUCCAGUGGGGUGGAGUACAUGUGCUCUGCCCAACAAUCUGCUUCAUCCUCAGCAGUGUCAGCGCGGACAAAAAGUACCAAAGUGGGGACAAAAAGUCCCAAGGUCAGACUGCUGCCUCCACCACACGAAGGGACCAAGAGUAGGAACACGGCCACCCUCGAGUGUGUGGUCUCUGGAUUCUACCCGGACUUCAUAAACGUCACCUGGGAGAAAGACGGCUCCCUGAUCUCCUCCAACACCAGUGCUACACCGACUGCUCUGGAGCAGGCAGGGACUUUCAGUGCCAGCCACUUCCUAACUGUGAGUACAGAGCAGUGGAAGAAAGGCUCAGUCUUCAGCUGUACAGUGUCUCAUCCCCCCUCCAACACCAGUGUCAGCCGGGAGGUGAAAAGCAUUCAAGAAGUCUGCACAGACUUGACAGGAGAGGAGGGGAAGGAAGAACCGGGAGACUUGGAUGGAGUUGACAAUGUGCUUGCAGUUGCUGCCUUUGCCAUUCUGUUCGUUAUCAGUUUCCUCUACAGCACCUUCGUCACCGUCGUCAAGGUUCUGCAGUGACCAGCAGAUACACGACCUACGUUCAAUCAAGAAAUCCCCGUGUGGCUGCUGAUGUUUGGAAAUGCAAUCUCCCUCUCACUCAUUCAGCAAUCCUAGGCUACUGCACUGCAACUGCUCAUUUCAGGAGAUAAACCUCCAAAUGCACUGGGGAUGCUGGAGGGGAAAUAGGGGGACAGAGAGAGGUAGGUGGGAGGGAGGGACAGACAGGAGAGGACAAUACAGUGGGAAAAUGUCAGGGCAUUUAAAAUGACACUGGAGGGAGGGGGAAAUACAAGAGGGGGAGA